AUGCAUGCUCUGAAGGCCUCCAGCUUGGAGCAUACGCAAGAGCUGGAGCAGUGGAAGACCCUCUCAGAGAAGGUCUCCGACGUGCGCCGAGGACUCGUGGUCGAGCUGGAAAAAGCGCAGUCCACCGGUAGGCAGCACGACGAGUCGUUGCGCCUUUGCGAGAGCCGGCUGGAGAAGCUCUCCAGUGGUGUCUCCGAGAUCUCGCAAGGUGUGGUCGAUGCAAAGGCCUUGGCGCAGAAGGGCGUGGAUCGAGCCCAGCAGAGCUUCGAGCUCACGCAGCAGCGUGCGGUCGAGCUGAAGGAGCUCCUCGAGCAGCAAGGCGCCGACACCGGGCCCAAGCUGGAGGCGUUGCGGAGUGCUCAGGCGGAGCACUCGAAGCAGCUGGAGCAGUUGGGCCGCAGUUGUGGAGACCUCACCGAGGCACGUCGAGGUCUCCUUGCGGACGUGGAAAAGUGCCAAUCUGCCAGCAGGCAGUUGGAGGAAGCUCUGAGACAUGCAGAGGUGAAGAUCGAGAAGAUCUCCUCCUUCUCGAACCAGCAUUCUGAAGGCCUGGCCGAGGCCCGCACCUUCGCCCGGGACAGCGCCGAGAAGGCGGUGCUGCAGCUGCGGCAGCUGCUGGAGAGCCAAGUCGCCGAGCUCAAGGAGCAGAUGCAGGAGCAGAUGGAGCGUCGAAGCGGAGAUGCAUUCAAGGCGUUGAAGGCCUUGGAGGUGGACCAGCAACAGCAGCUGGAGCGGCUCUCGCGCACGAGCGCGGAGCUCUUGGAGGCGAAGAAAGGACUCGGACGCCGUGAGAUGCAUUUGACAGCGCGUGGUCGAAAGGAUCUGAAAGGAUCAUGGUUCGGAUUAGGUUUGGUGCGCGACACCAAUGUCAUCAACACGAUGAUGAUGUCAGUGGCCUCCAUGGCCAUCGUUUGCUUGACCUGGGUCGUCUUCGGAUUCUCCUGGGCCUUUGGAGACAACGGCGGUGGCUUCGGGAUGUUUGUGGGGAACUUUGAGUACAGCUUCUGGAUGAAUCUGGACAUGAAGAUGUGGGGCGACUCCGGACUGCCAGGUCUGUGCUUCGCAGCCUUCCAGAUGACCUUUGCCAUCAUUGCCUCGGCGAUCAUCUCCGGCUCGUUGGUGGAGCGCAUGCGCUUCAGCGCUUACUCCAUCAUGUUGGCCUUGUGGUCCCUGCUGAUCUACGCCCCGCUCUGCCACUGGGUUUGGGGCCCCAACGGCUGGAUCGCCGAGAUGGGCGCUUUGGACUUCGCGGGCGGUACCGUGGUUCACAUCAGCUCCGGUGUCUCGGGUUUGGUGGCUGGCGCCAUCGUGGGACCGCGACGCCAUGUGGAGAAGGAGCUGGGCCCGGCCAACGCGCCCUUCGUGAUCUUGGGUGGCAGCCUCCUUUGGUUUGGCUGGUUGGGCUUUAAUGGUGGCUCCGCCUUGUCCGUGAGCGACGGCGUGGCAGCACGUGCGGUGGCCACCACGUUCGUGGCAGCCGCCUCCUCCAUGCUCAGCUGGCUGAUGCUUGAACGUCUUCUCAAAGGCAAAUCCAGCAGUGUGGGCGCCUCCGUCGGCGCGGUGGCCGGACUCGUGUGCAUCACCCCGGGCGCCGGCUUCGUGACACCCGGCUGGAGCAUCGUGAUUGGGGCCUUGGGCGCAGUCUGGUGCUACGUCUCCGUGGAGGUGGUGAAUCGCGUGAACUUGGUCGAUGACACGCUGGAUGCCUUCGGCUUGCAUGGCAUGGGCGGCAUUGGUGGGGCCAUCUUGACGGGAAUCUUUGCCUUGGAUGGUGGCCUCAUCUACACCGGAAACUUUGAAUUGUUGGGCAAGCAGAUCGCCGGUGCCAUGGCCGGUGUGGCCUUCUCCGCCAUCGGUACUGCCAUCAUCGUGGUGGCGCUGCGCUUGGUCAUGAGGGUGAGAAUCCCCGAAGAGCAAGAGAUUGAGGGUGUUGACCAGCACACCCACGGCGAGACCUACCACAGCCCUGUGAAGAAGCAACUGGAGGAGUCCCUGCGACACGUGGACGCGCGCCUGGAACGCGUCUCCCUGGUGGCCACGCAGAGCUCCGAAGGCGUGGCUGAAGUGAAGACUUUGGCGCUGCACUCCGCGGAGAACGCGGUGAUGCGCAGCCGGGAUCUGCUGGAGCAACGCUCGGCCGAGCUGAAGGCACGCAGCGACGCUGCGCAUGAAGAGCUGCGAUCAGUGCGAGUGUUCAUCCAGGAGGAAGGUCAACGACACCUGCAGGCAAGCCAUGCUGAAGCAAGUGCUUGUGAACAUCGUGUGAGAGAAUGGCUCGUGGUGCACGAGAAGGAAGCGCAAGAUCUGCGAGCCAACCUCGAUGAGCAGAUGAAACGUCAGGAGACCUUGUCGACCGCUUUGCAGGAGGUCUCGGAGAUCUUUCAGAGCAAAGUCUCGAAGGUCACCACCGACUUUGCCGAGCAGAAGGACAACCUCAAGAAGUAUCUCACGGAUGCCUUGCGCAAGUGCGAGCAGAAGUUGCAGGCUCUGACCGCCCAGCCUCGGGUGAUGGCUUUGGUGAUGGACGAGCUGGAGGGGGUCGUUCGGGGUGUCACCCAACGAGAGCUGCAGGUCUUUCAGCGAGAGGCUCUGGAUUCGAUGGAGUGGAAGCUGGAACGCUGUGUGCAAUGGCUGCACGGAGCCAAUGUGAAGCUGGGCUUGAACCCACAGGGCACGCUCUUCUCCACCGACCGGUUCCGUGAGAUGCUCUUUGAAGAGUCCGAUCCAGUGACGCCAGGUUCGCAGCCAAGGGGCACCAUCCAGUCGGCGCGCGCGAGAAGCGGGUCACGCACAAGGUCUUGA